CUUUACACGCCCUGUCACGUCACUUCCGGCGCGAGGGCCCGGCCGGCCGGGCCGGGAGUGCGGGUCGCUUCUGCGUGCGCUGCCGGACGAGGCUCCAGCCGCCGAUUGACCCGCGCUCCGCCCCGUUGCCGGGCCGGGAUCCUGGUGGCUAAUGUCAGAAGAAAGCGACUCGCUGAGAACCAGCCCUUCCGCGGCCUCGCUUUCCGAAAAUGAGUUGCCGCCCGCCCCGGAGCUUCCCGGCUACGUGUGCUCGCUGACGGAAGAGCUGGUCACCAAGGCCAGGGAGGAGCUGCAGGAGAAGCCGGAAUGGAGACUUCGAGAUGUCCAGGCCCUCCGGGACAUGGUGCGGAAGGAGUGCCCGAACCUGAGCACCUCGCUGGACGACGCCUUCCUGCUGCGCUUCCUCCGAGCCCGCAAGUUCGACUACGACCGGGCCCUGCAGCUCCUGAUCAACUACCACAGCUGCAGGAGGAGCUGGCCCGAGGUCUUCAAUGACCUGAAGCCCUCGGCCUUAAAAGACGUGCUCGCUUCCGGGUUCCUCACCGUGCUGCCCCACACCGACCCCCGGGGCUGCCACGUCCUCUGCAUCCGCCCAGACAGGUGGAUACCGAGCAACUAUCCAAUUACCGAAAACAUCCGAGCCGUAUACUUGACAUUAGAAAAACUCAUUCAGUCUGAAGAAACCCAAGUGAAUGGAAUCGUCAUCCUUGCAGACUACAAAGGAGUGAGCUUAUCAAAAGCGUCUCACUUUGGCCCUUUCAUAGCCAAAAAGGUGAUUGGCAUCCUUCAGGACGGUUUCCCCAUUCGGAUAAAAGCAGUGCACGUGGUGAACGAGCCGCGCAUAUUUAAGGGCAUUUUUGCCAUCAUAAAACCGUUUCUGAAGGAGAAAAUAGCAAACAGGUUUUUCCUCCACGGGUCUGACCUGAACUCGCUCCACACAAGCCUCCCAAAAAGCAUCCUCCCCAAGGAGUACGGGGGCACGGCCGGCGAGCUGGACGUCACCGCCUGGAACGCGGUGCUGCUGGCCUCGGAGGAGGACUUCGUGAGGGAGUUCUGCCAGCCCGUCCCCGCCUGCGACGGCAUCCUGGGCCCGGCCCUGCCGGCCGAGGGCCCGGCCUCAGACGCCCAGUGCGACGACUCCGUGCGGGCCGUGAAGUCACAGCUGUACUCCUGCUACUAGCGAGUCCCCAUGAGCAUCGCCACCUUUGAGUCCUUUCCUUUUCCCGUUGGGGAGGCACACGGAGAGUUUUCGGUGCCAUGGACUCGUUCUCGCCCCUCGUAAGUGCGCUGCAGCUCGGAGGAAGGCCUGGAUUGCCCCGAGGGCGAGCCGAGGGCUGCGCCCUGGAUUACUUGAAUCAUUCCACGGAAGACCCAGAAAACGUUUCCAGUGAUUCCCAAAUGUUUGGAAUCCCAGUUUGCGGCUAUUAAUCUGGAAGCUGUGUCUGGUUCUCACACAUCUCAAAGCGAGAAAAAUCAGGACCAAAGUCACUUUGGCCCCACGUCCCAGGAGAAAACGACCCGAUGGGCCGGUCAGCACGUUCCUCUGAAACGCCUCGGUCGAGGCUGCGAGGUGGCCACACGUGAGCCUGCGGGGGGUUGUGUCUUUCACGCGACCCCUGACCCCAGACUUCUGUUGCUCAUCAGGAAUCGACACAUCGGAGGCCCAGGCCCGUUGCCAUCGGGGGUUUGGAAAGCACCUUAUCUGGAUCGGGCACCCGUCGGGACACGAGCAGCACUUGGGACCGCGUUCAGGAGCCAGAGGCUCCAAGCACCGUGGGGUUCCUGGUCGGAUCUUGCAGUAGAGACUCAUUUUCCCAAGUCCAUAAGGCCUUAGCCCUGGCUCUCAGCAGAAUCAUGCAGGGCCCUGGAAGUACGUAAUUUUACCCAGCCCUAAAUACUGGUGCCAGGCCUGCGUCGCUAAAAGAUUUCGAGCCUGAGAAUUAAGAGACUUGAGCCCCAGCCUCGGUGUGUGACUGUGGACAAGGCCUGGCCUCCGAGCCUCCGUCCUCUCGUCUGCGGGAGGAGGCUGGGUGAAACGCCCCCGGGGCCCUUGGGCUGCUGCGGCUCUGGGUUCCAGACAUCGCUUUUCUGUCUAGAAAGAUGGCCCUCUAGAGGCAAGUGGCUAGAUCGUUCUUUGGGGUACACCUGGGCCUUCCCAGGAGGGAUGUAUCGCUCCCCAUUGGGCCCUGCCUGUAACGGAACAAGUUUGCAUAUUCCUGGGGCCCGGCGAUACUAACUUCCUUUUCAUAGUGAGGGUUAGACGUGAAGAGGGUGGCUCUGUGGGCGCAGGCAGGUGAGGCGACCAGGGUGUUUUAUGGGUUUCCUGCAUUCCUGAGGUUCUGUAGUGUCAAGUGGCAGCAGGGGGUGGCUGAAUUACUGGGGUUCAAAAAUUUUGGUCUCUGGAAGUGAGUUCAAGGGCAGGUUAUUGCUAGGCCACUUCUGGGGCCCCUGCCCUCCUCCCUAACCAUCCUGCGUUUCUCUCUCUGGUGUGGGCGGACACACUUCAGCCUGCCCGGCCAGCCUGAGUGUUAGUCUUGCAUCUUGACACUUUAGAUCCUUCCUGUGAAGGAGUUAGCCUUUGCCCAGGCAUCAGAUGACGGGGCUCAUCGUGUGGCUUUCGACCUAUUUCCUUUCCUGCUCAUUCCCUGUAAAUUAUGUUAAAAAGCGACAAGAAGUGUGUGUUGUGUGUGUACCUUCUCUGUGCACUCACCAGGCCACCAGGCACGGUGGACGGCUUGGUCAGGGAGGGAACAGUGCACUGAAGUUGGAAGGCCAGUCUGUUGCGAAUAAGCUAUUUAUCUCCAUAGCACUUUUGAAAAUGUCUGCAGAAGUUGGUGGUGGAGAUUACUUACCUCGUUAGUGCCAAUUCUAGGGAGAGCUCGAGUCACCCUUGGUACUGCCCCCAGGUCCCUCGGGGCCUGGCUGAGCUGCAGGUGCCAAAAUGCACACCCUGGCCGCCUCGAGUCCCAUCUGGUGACGAUGGUGUGACCAGCGUAGCUGAAGAGUUCUAAGUAGGACCCGUGGGGCGGCCAACGUAGGUAGAGGGUUCGGAGCCCAUCUGCCUGGAGGGGCAAACUGGUUAGAGGCUUGACUAGGUCCCAAAGAGGAGAGAGAUUAAAACAACAAACAACAGAAAAAGCUAGACAGAAAAAUUAGUUGCUUGGCCCCACUGGGCUUCCAGGGCUGAAACUCUGCAUUGCCUUUGUCUGUGUGACGUCACCUGGGUGGCCAGGCUCACUGUCUCAGAGGCCAGGAAGGAUGUUUCGGCCUCUGGCUGAACCCAGGAGCCAUUCCUUCCAGCGCGUGGGAGGAGUCGGAGCCAGCGUGCGUCCGCCUGCCUGCUGGAGCGGCUGUGCUUUGUUCUGGCUCCAGAGAGAGAUCCCGCACGCAGUCUGGACACCUCUGGGGUCCGAACCAGGCUGGGAAAGCAGGCCCACCCCCGGUUGGAGCUCACGGCAGCCUGGCCCCACCGGGCAUGUCUGUAGUUCCCCGGCAGCGGCAGGGGAGCACUCGGGGAGCCUUGCUCCACAGUGGAGGCUCACUGAGGGCACCCCAGGGGACAGGCGGAGGACUGGGAGUGUUUGCCUUUAGGGAAAAACCUCGGCCCGUUCCGCGGGCACCCAAAAUGAACUUCUCCCGAAGUUCAGCGUAGCGCAGUGUAGGGAAGGGAAGCACGAAUCAGCAGUAACUCGUUCUGUUUCUUGCUGUGUGGCUUUGGGUGAGUCCCCGAGCACCCCCAAGUCAUCAUGUACUAACAGGGGAUCAGACCCUGACUCUGAGGGCUCUGCUCCUGGCAUCAGCCACCCUGUCACAGGGUCCCUGUGUUACAGGGACACUCUCUUAUUAGGGGCCCUCCCAUCGGGGCCAUUCAGGAAAUGUAGGUCGGAAUGAAUUGGCGCUUGCAACUUCCAAGUGAAUCUGUAAGUUGAGGUACUACGGGGUUCCCCCCGUUUCUUCCCACAUACCACCACACAGGAGAGCGUCUCUUCCCGGAACCCCACCGUGCGUGCGAGGGGAAGGGCCGGACUCCACAGGAAGGGAGCGCAGGAACAGCAGGGCACGCGAGCCUGGCUUCCUCUCACCUGCCCUUCCACGGAGGCGGCUCUAGCUCCCUCGCGCCUCACUCUGCUUCCCAGGAGCUCCCUGUCCUCAAGUUUACAAGCACUUCAGCUUAUAAGCUGCUACUUUUUUUUUUUUUUUUUUUUUUUUUUGCCAAACAGCAGCAGGGCAAGAAAGAGGUCCUUUCCCCACAUUCCUGUGAGACGUGGAGCCUUCCCGAGCUCCCCCCGGGGGCAGUGUCUCUACCUGCCGUCCCAUCCUCAGCUCAGCACACGGGAUUCCUUUUUCCAUUUGGGUGGGCAGUAGCUGUGGUGCUGUGUGGCAUUAUUAUAAUACCUCAUUUUGAAGUUUUCGGCUUUUAAGCUUUUCCUUUAAAGCCCUUUCUCCAUUUAGGAAGUAGAACAUUAGCUGAUGUGUACGUGGAACUGCCCUGUGGCGUGGGAGGUGCCCAGAUGCCAAACCUCGUGACCACUCGGGAGCGACGUCAGUUCUCACGCCUCUCGGGACUGGGCGCUGUUAAUGUUGUAGGUCCACAGUCCAUUCCCUUUUGCCGUCCCGGCUCACAGGUGGUUUCCUGGGGAUGUAAGGAGCAGGCAGCAUGGAGCAGACAGUGCUCCUCGGGGCUUGGGGGGGUGGGGGGCGUCUGCUCCACGGGGCGGCCCAGGCUGAUUGGCGGAUGCAGACGCUGGUACAGCGUACGCAGUUCCAGUUCGCCGCCUCUCCUUCCAUCCCAACGGGCGGCGCGUCCAGCUAGGCGGUCAGGUGGCCGCCCUUGGGGCCGCUGUGGACGUGCCUCGCCUCUUGGCAUAUCGGGGGUGACCGUGACAAGUGAGACGCUCAAAACUUCCCUCAGGCCGGCGGCCUCUGGCACCGCUGGGCUGCGGUGGGAGGUGGGCCGAUUUUCCGGCCGGAUCGGGCACCGGUUUAGCCGCUGUCCACGUUCCUCGCUUCGAGCCGAAAGUCAGCUUGGCUCUGAGUGUGGGGACAUGGGGUGGAUUCGCUCAUGUCAGUGUUCGUUGUGACCAAAAGUUUAUUUUUCUAGUGCAUUUUCUAAGUCCAAGUGGUGAAAACAUGUCAUUUUAGCAUGCAUGACUGGGUCGGAAACAAUAAAAGUCCCUGUAAGGCCGA